CACCGAACCAAAGAGACCAAAGAGAAAGCCUAUGUACUAUGUAAUCGGCCAUUUUGGUGUUUGCUUUACAGGAAAUAACGUGGCUCCAAGCCCCUUGUAAAGCAAAAUGAAGAUCGGACUGUGUGCAUACAGUGGAUACAAGAUCUAUCCUGGCCAUGGCAAGACCAUGGUUAAAGUUGAUGGAAAGACCUUCACUUUCCUCAACUCUAAGUGUGAAGCCGCCCAUUUGAUGAAACGCAAUCCGAGAAAGGUGACAUGGACUGUUCUGUACAGGCGUAAACAUAAGAAAGGUCAGGAGGAGGAGCAGGCCAAGAGGCGAACGCGUCGUACCCAGAAGUUCAAUCGGGCUAUCGUGGGUGCAUCUCUCACUGACAUUUUGGCUAAGCGGAACAUGAAGCCUGAGAUCAGGAAAGCUCAGAGAGAACAGGCGAUAAAGGUCGCUAAAGAACAGAAGAAAGCGGCUAAGGCAGUGAAAAAGGCGGCAGCCCCUCCCAAGACCAAGGCCACCGCCAAAAAAGACAAAGCCGCCAAAAUUACGCAGAAGGCUGCACCAAGGGUGGGAACAAAGCGAUAAAUUGUCUGUCUUAAUAUAAUAAAAAAAUGAAAAAAUAAA